AUGGUGGUAAAAGUUGCUUUGAAGAAGGGGAAUGCCCAUGUUAUUUGUUUGCAAGAAUCUAAGUUAGCUUCUAUUUCUGAUUAUGUGGUUAGAAGCCUUUGGGGAAGUAGGUUUGUGGAUUGGGAAGCCUUGAACGCCUAUGAUGAUAACUUCAGUUGGGUAUUUUUUGGAGUUUAUGGACCAGUUAUUGAUUGUGAUAGACCUGCUUUUUGGCAGGAACUUAGCUACAUUAAGGACUUGUGGUCGUUGCCUUGGUGCUUAGGCGGGGAUUUCAAUUCUGUUCGGUCUCCAUUUGAAAGAUCCACAGGGGGGAGGUGGUCUUCCGAGAUGACCCAGUUCUCUUACUUUAUUGAUGGUAACCUUCUUAUUGAUUUGCCUUUGGAAGGGGCAACUUUCACCUGGUCUAGCGGCAGAGACCCAGAGGAGAAGUUCCCGGAUGUCACGCAAUCAGCUUUGGUUCGAGUCACAUCUGAUCAUGUGCCCUUAGUUCUUGAUUGUGGAGGUAUGAGAUCUAGACGGACUCCAUUUCGUUUCGAAAAUAUGUGGUUGAGAGUUGAGGACUUCCAAGAGAAGGUCCAGUCCUGGUGGGAAACAACAACGUUUACUGGCUUUACUAGCUAUGUGCUUGCUAAGAAGUUUCAGAUUCUCAAAUCUGAGCUUAAGAAGUGGAAUAAAGAAGUGUUUGGUAAUCUUGAAUGGAAGAAAAAUAGAGUCCUAACUGAUAUCGCUGAACUUGAUCGUCUUGAUGAGAUAGGGCAAGAUACGGAUUCUCUACGCUCUAGAAGAGCGUUUUGUUAG